GGUGGAAAGGUUUGGAGGAUUGGUUGCCGUGGGAAUCCGCCGCUGUUACCAUCCAGUUCGCUCUGCCCUUGGCGUAAGGGGCUGAGCUCGAGUCGCAGGAAAGUAGAAGAUCCAGGAAGGUUCGGGCGAAGAAGGUGGAUUAAGAGAGCGAGGAAGAAGCCUCCACAAAGAGCUCACCUUGGAAUAAACCAGAGGAGGAGGGAGGCGGUGAAGGAAGGAGGGAAGGAAGGAAGGAAGGAAGGCAGGCAGGCAGUGGCCCGGGGCCGGCCCGCCCCGUGGGUUCGCGUCGGGCCAGGACCAUGCAUUCCGGGAGCAAGGUGAAGAGCGAGUACAUGAAGCGCUACAAAGAUCCCAAGUGGGACACGUGCGGCCCGUGCUACCGGGAGCUGCUGCACUAUCGCCUGAGUCGGCGGCUGCUGGAGCAGACGCAUAACCCCUGGUUAUGGGACGGCUGGGGGCCAGCCAGCAACUCGGACGACUCCUCUUCUUCAGUGGGUUGCGGGGCCUGCACGCCCCCGCGCCCCAGGCGAGCUUCGGUCUCUUCUCCACCUCCGACCCCACCCAGGUCCUCCAGAGAGGGAGCAGAGAAGGGGGCUGAGGUCUCUGAAGAUGAGGACGCUGCCAGCCUCCCGGAAACACCUGUGAAAGAUACACAAGAAAAAAGUAAACAGCAGAGGGAAGCAAAAGAACAACAGAGAGAAGUAAAAGAUAAACUAUUGGAUACCACUGAACAUCCUCACCAACGUGCCUUGCUUGCUAAAGGAGAUAAGAAACCAGCUAAAAGUCCUCAAAGACAAAGUAAAACAAAAGAAAUCAAACAUCCAUUUGCUCUUUAUGGCUGGGGAGAAAAACAGACAGACACUGGGAGUCAGAAAACACAUAAUGUAUGUGCUUCUGCUUCAGCACACCAGAUUCAUGAAUCAGCAUUACGAGCCAAGAAUAGAAGACAAGUGGAAAAAAGGAAACUGGUCAUUCAGAGGCAAAGAGCCUAUUCUGUAGAUGUGCAGAAACCCAGAAGGAUUAAGCCUUCCUCCGCAGAUAAUCCAUGGAUGACAGAGUACAUGAGGUGCUACUCAGCAAGAGCUUGAUGAAAGAAAGAUGUGCUUAAAUAACCUCAUUAAAAACAACAGGACAUUGGUUAAGGAAACCAAAUGAUAUGAUGUAAAAGUUUUGUUUAGGGGGUUCCCAAAAGAGUGCUUUUUUUCAAUGUGUUCUGGUAACCUGCCUCUCUAGUAGGGCAGAUAGCUGAAGCCAUAGACAUUUGAAGUUAUUCAUGUUGAUCAUUCCCUAAGUCUUUAGUAUGCUUGAGUUUUUGAAGCAUCUUAAUCUUUGGAGAAAAUGACACCAACUGAUUUUUAAGUGGCAAGUUUUAGAAGAUGCUUAGUAAUCAGUAUUUCAUAAUCAUAGGAGCCCAUUCUCUUUCUCUCCUGAACAUCUGCAAACACUGUUGAAAGUAAGAUGGUUCCAUUUUGUACCUAACAAGCCUAUUUUUAAUUAUGUGAACUUUUACUGAGUGGAAGACUAGUAAAAAAGCAGUCAUUUCUGAUAGCUGUUCUUCUGAUCCCUAUAAACUUGGGCAAUGAGUUCUGGUAAAAGUUAAAUUUAUCCCAUUUCUGUACCAGUUCAUUUACUAUUUCAUGUGGACAGUAACAUUUCAAAUUUUUCUAGGGUUGAAUUUCACUUUUUCUCCCUGCUGUUCUGGGCACUUACUAUUUAAUAAUCCAAAAACAUUCCAAUCAAGAGAUACCUGUGAAAUAAAUAUUUUAGGGUAAGACUGAAGUUUCUUUGAGUCAAAGACUGUCAGAAAUUCAGUUUUCUACUGUAGAACAUUUUUUCUCAGAGCAUACUCCUUGUAACUUAGACUUGAUCUGACCUGUGGCCCUAUUUAAAUCAUGUAUUUUGUAACUUGUGUGCCAUUUGGCUUUUAAGAAUAAAUGGGCUUCAGAGCAGUAAAUUUUAGAAUUUGUACUCAAACUCAAAUUUGUAAGUAUCGAGGUUCUGGGACUUAGCAGGAAUGGGCAUCUUGUAGAAAUUAUGUUAGGACAUGAGUGGUAUGACCUUAUUUCCACUUGCAUUACUUUCCUUUCCAGAACCAAUUUAACAAUAAGCAAACCACGGCUUUAUGCAGUGUUCCUCAGACUUACUAAUGCAGUGGCAUUCCUUAUUUGAUAUUCUUAUGGCAGGACAUAGUCUCAGGGACUGGGUGUAGGUUUCCCUUCAUAUGCAUAAGAAUUUAGGGAGAAUUAUCUCUCUUGGGCUUCAAAAUGUCCUUAAAAUAUUGUUUCCACCGAAGUCUGAACAGGGUUUCUUUUUCUGUCUAUUGGGGUGGGGACCUGAUUGCUGGAUCUCAUUGCUAAAGAUCCUUAAAGGGAAAAGGAAAAUCUUGCAUAUGUAGCUCUAGCAGCCACAUGAACAAAAAUGAUUAUGUGUUAAACAGGUGCUUUUAGAUGUGAGACAAAAUUUCCAAGUUUUUAUUCUCAGUCUGUGGAACAGUGCAAACAACUGUAUAUAUACAUUCUUCAUACUAUUUUUUCCCCAUCCUCAUCUGGUCUUUAAAUAUAACCCAUUUGUUUAGUUAUAAACAUAUUAACUUUGGAAACUGAUUUCUAAAUAGUAAUAGCCUUUCUACUUAAGUGUGAUUGUUGACCUUUAUAUGGUUUUGAGGUUCAUUCUUUUGUUCUGAUUGCUAUCUGUGCUAGUCACUGAACCACAUGAUAUGAGUCAAAUGAAAUCUCUUUAUUCCAUAUAACAUCACCAAAACCAAAUCACCAAUGCAUACCAGUGCUUCUGGUGAUAAUCUUUUAAAGUGAUUAUUAUUUUAUUAAGCUAUAGAUGCUGGAAGUACCAGAUGUCCAAAUGAAUGUGGCAAUGAGUGGUAGUUGUGUAAAUGGAUAUGAAAUUCUGUGUUCUGAAACAUUCUCACCUGGUUGGAUUUAGCAAUCAAGCUUAAACUUUUCAUGUUGCAGCUGACAAUCAGAAAGUGAUACUGUGAAGUAAGGUAGGUUUUAAAUGUCCAUAAAUAGCUUUAGGAAAUUCAUUUUCAGUUCAAUAUAGUCAUUAAAAAGCCAGCCUUUUUCUAGUUUACAAAAUUGAUUUACAGCUAACUAGCUUACUACUGAAAAUCCAGACAGACCCACAGAAAGCUGAAGUCUGGAAAUGAUCAAAAUAAUUUUGUUCAAAAACAACCAGAAGUAUAAGAUUUUAAUUCCAUUUUUGGUAUGUCCUGAUAACUUACAUUAAUAUCUUUAAAAGCCUGUAAUAAUCUUGUCAAUUUUUUAGGGGUGGGAGGAACAUUGAUUCAACCCUUUCAUUAGAUUACAACCUAUGAAAAGAAACUUCUUAGGCAGUGAAACAGUACUGUCUGUAAUCAUUCAAUUUUUUCCCCUUAUGAGCAAAUAUAAUUUCUCAUAAUGCUGUUACUAGUUCUCUGUGAUAACUUAUUAGAUAAUAAGGUAGCAUAAAUUAUUUCAUAUGGAAGAAGUUUGAGACUGAGAAUGUGAUAUUUUAAAAUCUAGAAUGAAAAAGCAUUUACAUGAUGAAAUAUGGCUAUGAGAUUUCAUCUCCAAUUUUAGCUUUAAUAUUAGUUAGAAUCUUUUGCCAAGAGUAUGCUCCUUUCCUUUUGCUAAGCUCCUUUUUCCUUCACCUUCAAAGUUGUGAUAGAAUUUUGAAAGUAAUGGCAGCUGUUUAUGUAAAUAAAGGUGACUAUUUCCUUCUCUCCAUGUCCCUUAACACCUAUUUUGAACAACAACCCAGUAAGGUAUUAAAAAACAACAGCAACAAAUUCUCAUUUGGUUCUUCUCUUUCUAGAAAUGUUUUUGUACUACUUUUCCUAUUUGUUAUUUUUCUUGUCCAAUGUAUUAAUGAAAUAUAGGAAGUUUGAUGCCCUUAACUUAAAUGAAAAUACUAAUUAAUAGAAGACUCAAAUGGGGUCUUUAACUUGUUUGAAGGUAGAAUUACAGACUCAAGAUGCUCUAUAUUGAAUCUGCUUAGAUUAUAAGUGCUUGGGUUAGAUCCAAAAUCAGUUGCUAAAACUGGAAGGAAAUUGUAGUAGUGUGCCUUGCUUGGGGCCACUUCCCUGUCUUGAGUAACUAAGUCAUGUCAAGAGGAAUGUUCAAAGUAAAUGGCAUGAUUACUGCAAAUUAUGAGUGUCUAAAAGGAAAUGAUCAUGCAUAACCUUCUUUACAAAAUGAGUUUUACUACAUUAUUUCCCUCCAACUUCUAAGCUGUACCAAUUCAAACUCUUGGAGAGCUGGGAAUGAAAAUUCCUAGUGGAGGAAUAUUUAUAAGUCAUAGUCAUAUUUAUAAGUACCCAAAGUGUUAAUGGGCAAAAAUAGAGAAACAAAGUACAUGUCAAGUGAAAAUCUUGUUUAGUUGAAUAUUCCAGUAAAAAUAGUUUAGCAUUUUAUUAAAUUUAAAACCACAGAGAGUGAGAAGUGUUUUUACAUAGCUUAAAUUUCUAGGUUGCUUGUUGUCAAACUGCCAGUCUAAUAUGAGCUGUAAAAAGACCUUGUUAUAAUUUGUCUCUGACAUCAGAUAAACUGUGUAAAAGAAGUUAGCAUGCUUGCUUCAAACUUGUGCUUUUGAAAAUUGCUUUGCUAUUGUUUUAAAGAUGCCACAGGAUGAUAGAACAUUUAAGUGCAUGACUAUGCUCAAUAUUAAACCAUAUACAGGAAGUACCAUCUAGAUUUAAGACCAACCAUGUCCCCCUUAACACUUGCAGAGGAAUGUGGGCAGUUCUAGAUUUCAAAUUGUUAUUUUUCUAUAAUCUAUACAUCUUGGAACUUGUCUAGGGAAUGAAAACAUUCUAAGUCCCAAUACUCUUUCUAGGAAAGAAAAAAAAUGCUUAUACAUACUUAAAUAAGAGGCCUUUUGAAUGAUAAUUUUAUUACUGGUAAUAGUGACAAAUCUCUUAGCUAUUCUAAGGGCACUCAAAGGAUAUUUAUGAGCUUCAUUUUCCAUUUCAGUUUCAGUAGACCAUGCAUUAGAUGUGGUCUUUUAAUUAACAAAACCAGGGUUGGGGGAAAAUUGCCCCAUAUUCAGACACAGACACAGACACACAGACACACAGACACAGACACAGACACACACACACACACACACACAGAGCACUGCAUUCACUUUAAAUUCUAAGAAGUGUAGGCUAGACUAAUAAAGUUCUGGCAAUGUGAAUUUCAGGUUUUACUUUUCUAAGAGAAUAGUAUGUAUUGUUUUUAGCUUCUCCAAUGUUGUAUUUACUUGUAUAAAUGUGAAUAAAAUGAUACUGAAGGUAAAGACAUUAUAAUUUUGUGAAAAAUAAUUCUGAGUUGGUGUACAAAUAGUUGGAUAUUAAAAAGGAUCAGAAUUUUUAAUGUUAAAUUUUGUUUAUUGAUGCGUUUUUUUUUAAUACAACACAAUCCUUAACUGUUUUAUAACCAUCUUCUUGGCUCCCAUCCUUUCCCUCCCUAAGUGAAUCUGUAUAAUAGGGCUGUUUGUCACUGAAGGCUUCCUUAAAACUAUGUAGAAAGAUUAAAAAAAUCAAUUUUCCAUAUGGAAAGACUUUGGACUUUGCCCCAAUUAGGAAGGCAUGGGUGUAAUUUUUAUUCAACUUCUUACAUGAAUCCCCUGCAGAGGAAGUAGUCUCUAUGUUUCUUUCCCCUUCAGAUGUGAGCUAAUUGUGCAUGAAUUACACAUGUAAGUUUGUUUUCUAUUUAUUUCCCUUUGAUUUGCUUCCCCCUUCCCACUUUCCUGGCUACAUACAUUUUAAAAUGAUUUUUUAAAUAAUGUUUUUCCCAAUGAACAAAAAUUGAUUUUCUCUCUUACUCCACCACUGGCAGGGGGCAGAAGGAAACAAAAUAAACAAAAAUCCUAGUAACAUAUACAGUCAAGAAAAAAAUUCCUACAUUGACCAUGUACAAAAAAUUCAUGUAUAAUUUUUUAUCCUUUAGUCCCAUUACCUCUCAGGAUGUGUAGUAG